CAGUCCGGCCCUGCUCCUCGUUGCUUUGUAUUUGCUGUAGAGCGGAUUCAACCACCAAGUAAGUUACGCUCUGCCGCGGUUAGCUGAGGAAGUUAGAGACCAGUUUGUUUUUAUUUUUAUUUUAUUUUUUUAUUGUUAUUUUUAAAUAAAAGAACAGGAUUUAUUCUGACACGGAUACACGCAGUAGGACUCGUAAAAUGUAGAGAGGGGACUUGGUGUUUCUGUUGAUUUGUGAGCCACUGUUAUUGCUGUGUAGCUAACACAGUGAAGCCUCAUGUUUUCGUCAAGCCAAGAGGAGCACUGCGCCCCGUCCAAAGACCCGGUGAAGUACGGGGAGUUGGUGGUACUGGGGUACAAUGGCUUCCUGCCCAAUGGAGAUCGGGGUAGACGGAAAAGCAGAUUUGCUCUUUUUAAGAGGACCAAAGCCAACGGUGUUAAGCCGAGCACUGUGCACAUCCUCAACACACCCCAGGAUAGAAAGGCUGUGAACUGUAAAGGCCAACACAGCAUCUCCUACACGCUGUCCAGGCACCAGACGGUGGUGGUGGAGUACAGCCACGAUAAAGACACAGACAUGUUUCAGAUCGGACGUUCCACUGAAAAUCCCAUAGACUUUGUGGUUACUGACACCGUAGCAGGAGGCCAGGAUGGAGAGGAGACUCAGAUCACGCAGAGCACCAUCUCUCGCUUCGCCUGCAGAGUUGUUUGCGAACGCAACCCUCCCUACACUGCUCGCAUCUAUGCAGCUGGAUUUGACUCCUCUAAAAACAUCUUCCUGGGGGAAAAAGCAGCAAAAUGGAAGAACCCUGAUGGUCACAUGGAUGGUCUGACAACCAAUGGGGUGCUUGUAAUGCACCCUAAAGGGGGCUUCAUGGAAGAGUCCAAGCCCGGCGUCUGGAGAGAGAUCUCCGUUUGUGGAGAUGUCUAUUCGUUGAGAGAGACCCGCUCAGCACAGACCCCAGGAAAACUGGUGGAGAAUGAGAGCAACAUCCUGCGGGACGGCUCCCUGGUGGAUCUGUGCGGAGCCACUAUGCUGUGGCGCACUGCAGAGGGUCUCUUUCACACUCCCACCCAGAAGCACCUGGAGGCCCUCAGGCAGGAGAUCAACGCGGCACGGCCCCAGUGUCCUGUAGGCCUCAACACCCUCGCCUUCCCCAGCAUGCAGCGCAGCCGGGCGUUCUCCUCUCUAGAGGACAAGCAGCCUUGGGUCUACUUGGCAUGUGGCCACGUGCACGGUUACCACAACUGGGGCCACCGCUCCGAGCGGGAGCCCAAUACCCAGCGAGAAUGUCCCAUGUGCCGGGUGGUGGGACCCUACGUCCCGCUGUGGUUGGGCUGCGAGCCCGCCUUUUAUGUGGACACAGGUGCACCCACUCACGCCUUUGUGCCGUGUGGACACGUGUGUUCAGAGAAGUCGGUCAAGUACUGGGCAGAGAUCCCUCUGCCCCACGGCACCCACGCCUUCCACGCUGCUUGCCCCUUCUGUGCCACCCAGCUCAGCCCCUCUCAGGGCUGGUCCAAGCUGAUCUUUCAGGGCCCAGUGGACUGAGCUGAGGAUCUCUGCUGCAGGAACAUUCCGGCAAACUGAUCAGAUUAACCCGGGGUUUCUUUCAUUUGUGCAAACCAGCCUUGAAAUGGAAUGAGUCUGCUUGAGUUUUGGUCGUUUACUGUGGAUCCUGUUCAACAGAGAGCCACUACAGAUUACUAAGGAGCUCUUUGGAUGGCUACUCUGAUAAACAAAUAUGAAAGAACACUGUCCAGACAAACAGUUGUUUUAUCCAGGGCUCCACCAUCAGGCUGUUUAAACCACACUACCAUCAGAUUGCUGUUAAAGAAAGGCUCUUGAAUGACUGACUUAUUUCUCCCACACAGAAUAUACCAGGUGUCCUUGGGCCCGUUGGGAAAGGAAACAGUUGAUGAAGCUUUUACAGAGCCAGACAGCUGGACUGUUGGCCGGGAGAAAGGCCAGGAGAAACUUUGGGCUUGAUGGCUCGUUAGCCAAAAACGCUCCCAAUGGUUCUUCUUGGCCGUAAACUCAUAAUGGCAUCUAUAUCAUCCAAACUCACCGAACACUCUUUGAGGGAGGAGGAACAGACUUUUUGUUGUACAGAGAUGAAAUCCAGUGCCUGAGAUCCUGAUAAAAAGUGGGAAUAUUUUUAUUAGAAGUAUAAAAUAUAUAUUUUGUGAAUGGUAAAGAAAGAGAUUACAACCCACAUGUUUUACUACACUGAGACUGUUAAAAUGUCUUGUAACCCAAAUGUUAAUAUAUUUUUCUCCUUCAUGUAUGAUGUGUGUGAGAAUGAGUGCAUGGGUGAUUAACUGUGUGUGUGUGUGUGUGUGUGUGUGUGUGUGUGUUGGACUGUGUGGGUGUUUAUGUGGCCCUGCAUUUUACCCCAACUGCUUCUUAUGAUCUCACAUGCCAACCCAAUCUUCCAACGGAGACGUCACGGGACUAAAAAGAAGGUCACCGGGUUUCAGAAUGAUGGUGUGGGAAUACACCGACUCUCCUUGCUGCUGGUGCUCCAACUAUAUGACCUGCUUUCUCGGUUAAUGUCAGGCCUGCUCACAGUCAAAUGUGACAUUUUGGCUUCACCACCGACACCUACGUUGCUGAUCAGCUUUACGCUGCUGUUGGCUUUAUCCCGUGCUGGGUCUGAUCCAAGGAGCUUGUUGGCAGUUUAAUCCCGGGCAGGUUCCCAGCAGCAUCGUAAGGUUAUAAUGCAAGAUGUAACGGCCACUGUUUCAGUGAUCCAAAGUGUUUCUGUGAACAAUCCAGCACCCAAACGGCUGCAGUGAUUGAGCCCUGACAUGUUGGGAUUACAGUAAUGUCUGUUUGUAUCUCGGUGCAGGGUCCUACACAGUCCCAAAGAUGCAAAAAUAAUGAAAUAGCUUUUCAAAAGUGGAAUAAAUUUCAAACUGAUUAUACAUACAAGAUGUAUGAAAGCAGUACUUAUAAUAUUUGGAAUUUGUAGAGUUAAUAAGCUGACUAUGUCCUUAUUUUGUGAGAUAAAACUAGUAUCAAGCCAACUCUGUCCUGAUUUCUGAGCUGACAUAAGUAUACUAAUCCAUUAUUUUAAGAAAACUCUGAUAUAUCAAGAUAAUAUUCAAAUCUCAAUGUCUUAUUACCUUCAGAUACUGUGACGAUUAUCUCGUUAUUUCAAGAUGACGAAAUCAUCACUAAAAAGUUGCUGACGGUGUCAUUAAUGUAGUGAAAGAUUUAUGGUUUUACCUUGAGAUGAUGAAGUAACCAAAUUGCUAUAAUAAUGACAAACCUAAGAACUGUUCACCUGGGGAUAAUGAAACCACCACCGCGAAUAAAACGAGUUCAAGGUCUGGUUAUCAUCAGAUAAUGAGAUAAAUUCAAUUUUAUAACAAAAAACCCAAGAAGUUAUUUUCACAAGAUAAGGCAACUAUUAUCACAUCAGAAUAAGCUCAAGGUCUCACUUUCUCAAAAUGGCAAAAUAAUAAAACCAUUAUUGUGACAGUAUGAGCUUGAGGAGUUAUUAUCUUCAGAUAAUGGAUAAAUUAAAAUAAAAAUCUCAGCACGGAAAACACAAACUCGUCUUGCCAUGUCUUGUUACUUUGAGAUGAUAAGAAAAUAAUAGUACCACUCUAACAUAGGAAUGACAUGUUAGCUUGAGAUAUAGAUGAUUAUAAAAAAACAAACUUAAGAUCUGGUUAUCGCAGGAAAAUUAAACUGUCCUAACAAAAGAGCCCAAGGUUAUCCCAAGAUAUUGGGAAAAGAAACCAGCAGAGAGUGCUCAAGGUCUCAUUAUCUUGAUAUAAUUGGAUGGUUAGAACAACAUAAAACAUGUUAUCUUGAGGUAAUGAAAACUUUAACCAAACAAAAUGAGCUCCUGGUCUCAUUUUCUGGAAGUACUAAGAUAAUUGAACUGCUGUAGCACCAAAAACUCAUCCUGACAUUACAAAGCCAUCAUCUUGACAUAAUGAGAUAAAUGAAUGGUUAGAAGAUAAAAACUCUUAUGUAGACAGGAUGAAACUCUUAUCACAACUAAGUGAGUAAUCUUGAGAAAACGAGCUAAUGAAACGCUUAAGAUGUCAUUAUUUAGAGAUAAUGAGACUAAAACUUACUGUGACAAAACCAGCUGGAGCUCUUGUUUUCAUUAGUAGGGCUAUCACUACCAAACCUUUGCGAUAUAUCAGUGCAAUUAUCUUUAAAACAUUGAAAAUUACUGUUUUACGACAAAACAACGUUAAAAUGUGGUUGUCUCACGAUGUCGAGGUAAUGAAACGUCAAACUACCAUCUUGAGGUCUUGUUAUCUCAAGGUACUGUGAAAUUAAUAAUGUUUUCACUACAAAACAAGUCUGGGAUAUAUUAAAUAUAACAAGAUAUUGACACUUACGGUAUCACUGCAAAUAAGUUGUUACCUUAAGAUAAUGCGAUGAUGUGCAACUCAUCUACACAAUUAUGACAUUUUGGGCCUAGAAAAUGGUUUUGUGCUGUUUUUUGCCAUUCUGAUACCAAACCUGAAACUGCAGAAAUCUACUAAGUCACAUUAAACAGGUAUCACUAGGGGGGCAAAAUCCAACCAUGAGUAAGGGCUUCUACACUUUACACAAAAAUGUGAGUUUUUCAUUUGGAAAUUUUCCACAAAGAAUCUUAACAUUCUUAUAAUCCUUUACGAAUACCAGCAGCAUUGCUUCUCUUUUAUACCACUAAGAAGUCUCUUGGUUUCUGCUUGUUUUGUAUAACAGCCAUGCAGGGUGAUGCACUAAGCCUGGAACUGUACAGUAGCAUUCCCUCUGACAGUUUUAGGCUCAAACACUGUGCCCAUUGCUUGAGACCAUAUACUGUAACAGCUGCAGCGUAGCCGCCUCAAACAUUCCUCCUCGAUAAACAAGGGUGGGGCUUGCAGUUUCUCCCAAGGGCUCGUUCUAUGAAAUUUGUUGUUUUGUUUUGUUUUUUCUCCUGCAGGAACUCUGUACACAAGCCAUAGAACACACCGAAGCUCCUGAUGCCUCCUUUGCAAAUAAUAAAAAUAUUUUUUAAAUACCAUAA